AUGCUGGACCAGCUGUCACCCAUCGCUCCUGCAAGAGUACGAGUAGUGCUUUUGCCAAUCGGCCAGAUCAAGCGUUCGAGAUUCCUCGGGUUUGUGGAGCGGUUACAGCCCGAAAAUGUCGUCCGGCUGGGAGAUAUCAGUCCUGAUGGACGUCCGAACAGGAACAUGUUCUCGCCUCUCGCCUUUCCGACGGGCAUGAUCGUGUACGACUUCACCACGUUUUACCCUCCUCCUUCCCAUGUCGCCCUGUCCCCUUUCGAACUUUAUCGCGAACCACUUGUUAUUAUUGCCCUUGCGGAUGCCGCAGAGUUAGAUCAUGUAUCAUACCGUGGUAAUGUAAGAAGAAGUCUUAAUGGCAAUGGGCCCCCGCGACCAGAGCAUAACUUGCGGGAAUUGUAUCAGGAUUUGGAGGAGGUCAGGGACAGGUAUCCAAAAUGCCUGGUACACCAAUUAUUGCUAUUCGACUAUGUCCAUUCUACUUCUGCUGGGGCGCUGCCAGAAGGACUCAUCCCAGUACCUCCCCCAGCGCAAUGCAAACGAACGACCUUGAAAACGAUCAUGUGCGAUAUCUCUUCGAUGCUGUUGGCAGAGAUGACAACGCUGGCAAAGUCUCUUCAGGUGUUGAACACAAUCGAGUCGCCCAGUCAGCCGCAAUUGACUCGCCCGCACAAUGGGGCAGCUUGGCAGGCGGGACAAACAGACCCAAUGUCGCGACGGAAUUCCCAUUAUAAUUUUCAGACCGAGAGUUCAGGCUCUAGUUCACCAGCUGGAAGCACUGAUCGAUCCCAUGUUCGGAUGUCAAUGCCGGCGCAAUUUCGGGCAACAGAUUCUAGCUCCCCCUCCCCCCGACCGACAUCGCCACCAAAUGGGGUGCAAUCUGAGCUCCCUACGACGUUUGACCAGAUUGUGGGCUCGAAUGCCGUGGAUCCUAGGGCAUCACAAAAGUCUAUCCCCCAUCGAUUAGCGAACGUCGAGCCGGUUAGAGAUACAAGUCGAGAUCGAGUAUCCGUUCAAGGUUUUGGGCCUGGGAGUGUUAGUGAGAGAUCUAGAAAUAUUGGAAAGGGUCGGAUAGAUAUCGUGAUUGGCUCACUUUAUCUCCAAGCUGGGCGAUGGACAGAUGCAUUGCGGGACCUCAGUGAGGCCGUUUCCGUUGCUAAAUAUAACCUCGAUCACCUGUGGCAUGCUAAAGCGCUCGACUAUAUUCUUGUGAGUAUGCUGAUGCUUGCAUGGAGCGGUUUGGAUUUUCAAAUCCCUCAGGUCUGCUAUGCUUCUGGCGAGAAGGCAGCGCAGUUGCCGAAGUCUGACGGACAAAAAAGCCCAACUACCAGCAGACUUGUUUCUCUACAAAAUCUGGCAGCACUGCUUCCCGAGUUACUAGAUCGGAUAUUGAAUCUCUAUACCAGAGCUGCCAAUAAUACUGGGGAAUCAUUGCCCCAAUUUCCAUUUUCCGAAUGCGUCAUACGAUUUUCAAAGCUGUUAGCAGCCGUCCAUCUUGCCGACGGCGCCCUGAAUGAGGAUGUUCUACAACUUCUGGUUCUUGGAACCCCGCUCAAGAAACACCCAAAUCUUGCUCCCCCACGACUAAAUAUCCACCCCCACCGCACAGAUAUUGCCGCAACUCUUUUCCGCGCGUUUCCCACGUCUUCUUCACCUGAGCAUAUUUCUCUUGUUGAUAGAAUGGUAAUUUUGAGUGGAAUAGCCUCCGUCUUGGGCUUGUUGGGUUACUAUAGGAAGAAGGCCAUGGUCAUGCGUGAGCUGGUGUCUGUAUUAAUUCCUGGACUUGUGCAGGCGAGGAUCAAAGGUGCCGCAGAAAUGGGUGUCCACCCUGCGGCUGGGUUGGCAGCCCUCAACUCUGUGAAUGGGAAGGCAACUGGUGCUGGUGCUCUUGACCUUGGUGAAGGGGAUAUAGAAACCGGAAUUGAUAGAUUUCUUGGGUUACUGAGCAAAACAUAUGGCGUGGUUUCGUCCGAUGACGGUCCUGGACAGACCGAGGCUCGGGACGAUUCUAACGAUGCCGUUAUAGCGAGGAUAAUACAAAAUGCGACGGUUCGUUCCUUUGGCGGCAGAAAUAUGAAAAUGGACGUUCUUCGUUUGUGUAUUAAUCUUUCGGAGGCCUUGCCUGAUUUUCACGGAGUCUUACGAUUUACUGCGGACCUGCUACGGACAGCUGGUAGCGGCGUUGCUCCUGGGCCUCGCAGUGAAGAUGCAGCCCCUUUAAUGGCUCGGGAAGAACAAGUUAGACUUGCCACGAAUAUCUCUAGGACGCUCAGCGCGGCAAGGAACUUGGGCGUGAAAGAUCUUGCCGCCGAAUAUUGGGAUGAAUUCCUAGUUCGAGGAGUAGAGCUCGAGGCGCUGCCAACCGCCAGAACGCCAAUACCACACACUGGAAGUGAACUUUCUGGUGCGGCAGCGGUAGCUGCCUCAAAGGAAGUUAAUCCGUUUAUAUAUAAUCCUUUCCUACGAAGGCCAGAUACUGCCGCCGUGGAUCAUCUGCUUGUAGCAGGUGAAAAUGCGGUAUUCCGUGUUACUUUACAAAACCCUUAUGACUUCGAUGUGGAGAUUGAAAGCAUCAAACUGGAAUCUGAGGGCGCUGCGUUUGUUUCCGGGGUACAGCAAACAGUAAUUGGACCCUACCGGACACAGAUUCUUUCUGUUUCUGGCAGCCCUACAUCACCCGGUCAGUUGAAAAUUACGGGAUGUAUAAUCAGAGUACGCGGCUGCCGAGAAAGGAGAUUUCCCAUCUUUGAAACCCCAUGGUCUCCACAAAUCGCAAGCAAAGUUAAGUCUAUAGGGGUAGCCUCUAUCUUCAAGCCGAAAAGUCGCCCGGACAGUGGUGAUUCCCAAGCUCUUACAAGCACACCAAACCUAGCUGCCCCAAAUGCAGGAUUCCUCGGGCUCCAUGUUAUUGAUAAACAGCCUACUGUUAUCAUCAAAUCGACUACACUCUCGCAAUCCGCUAUCAUGGUGUUGGAAGGCGAACGUCAAACCUUUUCUAUCACGUUGCAAAAUCUCUCGAUAGAUACCCCUGCAGACCUGUUGUUGUUUUCAUUUAAGGACUCGACACAAGCGCCUUUGCAAGCCGCCAUAAGUAACCGCGAUGCGUCACCCGCAGAGCUAUACGAGUGCGAGUUGAUAUUUGCACGGAAGCAAGCACUUCGCUGGAUUGCCAAGGAUGGCGAGAAGCCGUAUAUAAAACCAGGAUGUACUGCGACAUUCGAGAUAGAGGUACUGGGCAAACCUGGACUUACAAAUGGCACUGUUCAGGUCGAUUAUACGCACCUUGGAAUACCACACACGGAGGUGCCGGACAAAUUCUAUACGCGGCAGGUUAGCUUUCCCCUUACUAUCACAGUCAACGCUAGCAUAGAACUGGCGAGAAUGGAUAUUUGCCCACUUACUGGCAAUAUUCCAAGAUCGCUUUGGGCAAGAACAGAUUCCUGCAAUGAUGACGAUAAGGAUAUCACACCAGAGAACUACUGUCUACUUGUACUAGAUUUCAGGAAUGUCUGGCCGUCUCAGUUGAAAGUGUAUUUGGAGAUUGCCCAUGGCAGUUCAAUUGACCGGGAACUUCUCCCAGGCAAGUCCUCAAGGAUUAUGUUCCCUAUCCCACGAGUAUUCCUUGCCGAUCCGUGUGCCCCAAUUCCGGUCCUAGAUCCCUCUCGGCAGCGUCAGUUCGUCGUCAGUACUGGUAGAGUAUCGGCCGAUGCUGAAAGGGCUAGCCGUGAAGCUUUCUGGUACCGCGAAGAAAUUCUCAAAAUGCUUACGGGCAAAUGGUCGACAAAAUCAGGACCUUCCCGAAAUGGAGAUAUUGAAUUGCGUGGUCUUCGGUUAAAUCAACGCAUGAUUGAGGCGAUCAGGAUUGAAGAUAUUGGCAUCGAUCUUUUUGUAAAGGAUUCGCCUCCAGGGCACGUCAAAUAUCACGUACUUGCGGAUGACUUCACGGAACUAAAAAUUCGGAUCAGCAAUCGAAUGUCGAACCCGAUCUUCCCCUUGCUUCGUAUCCAACCAACGAUACGAAGCCCAUUCCAGAAUGGGUCCCUGGAUCUUGCAAGGAAGUUAGUUUGGAAUGGUACUUUGCAACAAACAUUACCACAACUACCAGGUAAUGAGUCCAUAGAAAUCAGCAUUGGGAUGACUGCCUUCUGCAGAGGCGAAUUCGAAAUCAGCGCAUCAGUCGAAGAGGCACGGUUGCAACAACUCGUCAAGAACGAUAGUAAGGAAGAGGAAACAACACGGCAGCGCGCAAACUCGCGGGCCAUGAGAGAUGCUGUGUUAGGUGCCAAAGAAAGACGGAUAUGGCAUUCACGUGAACCAUGCCUGCUUGUCGUCAAGGACGAGGAGAGCAGUGACGAUGAUGAUGACGAGUCGUUGUAA